AUCCAUUGACGAUCUCAGUUUGCUUUCAACAUGCGUGCUCUUCAGUUCCUCCUAUUGUUGCUCGCGAUUUCCUGCGGUUUUGUGGCAUCGCUUCCCCGCCAGCGACGCCAGAUUGACCUCACGGUUUCGGCGGAGCACGACGACAAGGACGAUGAGACGGAACUGGCACUGGAGGCCAUCGCCGGACUAUGGAGCAGUGCAGACAGUCGGACGAAGAUCGAUGGAUCCGCCAGCCUGGUGCAUCGCACCCAGGGAAUGCAAUCGGGUUCGGAGCAGGACUUUCGUCUGGGAGUACGCAUUACGUUCGAGUGAUAGAGACGGAGUUCCAGACAUCUGAAGCUGGGGGAAAAUCGAGCGAUUGCGUGAGGAAACCGAAAUACUGUAUAAACAAUCCCACUGCCGAUAACAUUUUGACCUUCGCAGCUCCGUAUAUUGUAGAAUAUGUAAAAAGAACCUUCGUGAAAAUACAAUAUACCCGCAAACUGUUUGCUUUAUUGAUUCCAUUUUAA